AUGUCUCGAAUCUUCAUUACAGGCGCAACAGGCUACAUCGGCGGCGACGUCCUAUACGCCCUAACACAGUCCUUCCACUCGUCCAAGAUCACAGCGCUCGUGCGCAGCGAGAGCAAGGCGUCUCUGAUUACGAGCAAGUAUCCGUCCGUGACGCCUGUCAUUGGGGAUCUUGAUUCCGCGGCGAGUAUUACCAAGGAGGUUGCUGAUGCGGAUGUUGUUCUACAUCUUGCCAGCUCGAACCAUCUCCCUAGUGCAAGUGCUAUCGCGAAGGGGCUGACAGAGACGAAGAGGCAGAGCCCAGUCUGGAUCCAAAUCUCAGGCGCAAGCCUCCUCUCCGGUCCCGAAAUCACCAGCAACUCAUACGGCCAAGCGCGCGUCCAAAACCACAACGACCUCCAAGGAAUCGCCGAAAUCCGGGAUAUCAUCUCGUCGUCACCUAAACGCGUCGUGGAUCACCUGAUCCUGGGCCUCUCUUCCGAACAACCGAAUGUCCGGACGGCUAUCAUCUACGGGCCCCUGAUCUAUGGACUUGGUCGUGGGCCUGUGAAUCAGCGGAGUAUCCAACUUCCGGAUCUGGUCAAGGCGACGAUUCAGCGGGGGCAGGGGGUGCAGGUUGGGAAGGGACUGAGUUGUUGGAGUAAUAUCCAUAUCGCCGACAUUACUGAGUUGAUUGUGAAGCUUGUGAAGGAGGCGGAAAGUCGUGGGAAUGGAGACUUGUGGAAUGAGAAUGGCAUUUAUUUUGCAGAGAAUGGGAAGAUGCCAUUCGGAGAUAUCUCACGAAAGGUGACCUCGUUUGCUGUCCAGAAGGGAUUCAUUAAGAGCGCAGAUGUUCAAGAGAUCGACGCGGAGACAGCAGAUACAUUGACUGCUCAUGGAGGUAUUCUCUGGGGCACAAACGCCCAAUAUACAGCAUCGCGAGCACGAGAGCUGCUAGGCUGGAAGCCCGCCGCGCCCAGUUUUGAAGACGAGAUUCCCAGAGCUGUUCAGGAGGAAGCUUCCAAGCUCGACUCUCAGUCCAAAAUUUAG